AUGCUCAUCUCAGCCCUCCUCACCUCCCUCCUCCCCGCCACCCUGGCCCUCGCCCUGCCCACCUCGCACUCCACGCGGCAGACGACGGACCUCCCCGAAUUCGACAUCACGGCCCUGAGCGGCACGCUGCCAGAGGGCGGGCCCUACGGCACGAGUCCAAGCCUGACCUCGUCGCUCAUCAUCACGGUGACCUACCCGUCGCCGGCAGACGCCGCCACGCGCCUGACGACGACCUGCAGCACGCAGUGGCCGGCGACCGCGCCGGGCCCGACGGACUGGGCGACGUGCGCGGACGGGGCUCUGCAGUGGCGGCUGCCUGAGAAGGGGUGGACUAGCGAUUUGAACUUCCGAGUCGAGGUCUACUUGGCGACUGGGGAUGAUGUUGCUGGACCCGGCCUGGACGCGACGCACUACCUCGACCAGAACCCGGGCGACACGAGCGACCCCAGCGCGUACCUCAGCUGCAUCCAAAUGGGCAAGUUCACCCCGCUGACGUGCCAGAUCAACGGCCCGCUGAGCGCGCAUUCGGGAUCCGUCGUCAUGUACGCGAGCACGGAGACCGCGAGGCCGGAAUAG